AGAGAGAAGAAGGCGGAGCUGAGAGCCAGCCGAGGCUUCAUCGCGACAAAGGCGGGAGAUACGAAGGAGGCCGGCGCCAGCGGAAUCACGAGCGCCGUCGAAGGAGAUCUUUAACGGCGCGACUCCGCAGACUCCCGUCGUCAGCACGGAGCAGGUCGCUGUCAUGUCCAGCUUCCGUCUGCUGGGAGAGAACAGCAACGUCAAGCUGACGUACGAGACGAGAGUGGACGCGACGCAGAAGCAUCGGGUGAUAGUGUCCGUCGUCUUCACCAACCUGACGCCGUACCACAUCAAGCAGUUGGACUUCAACGUGCUGGACUCGCUCAACACGAAACUCAUACGAGGGGACCAGUGCGACGGUGUAAAGGUGCCAUUCCAGCUUCCGGCCGGCUCGAGCAACCAGGGCCAGUUUGCCUUCACCGUGCAGACAAUCAAUCAUCCGCAGAAACUCAGAGGCACUCUGACCUACUUCAUCGCGACGGAGGAUGGGUCGACCAAUCAUGACAAACUCGACUUCAAACUUGGAUUGCCUUGUUCGGCGUUCACGUUACCUACCCCACACGACAGGGAGACCUUUGCGGAUCUGCUGGCGGGAGGAGAACUCGAGUACAAGAACUCGAUCAAGCUCAGCUCGGUGACCGGCGACCUUCGCCUGACCCUCACCAACAUCUGCUUCUUCACGCAUUUUUCAGUCGUCGAAGCUGUGGACUCUAGCGCAUCGCUAUACAGUAGGUCCAUACAAGAUCAUCAUUUGGCGCUACUAGUCAAAACUUUGCCAAACAACGGCGUUAGCAUCGACGGCAAGAGCAACGACCCGAACCUACUCUCCAGCGUCCUAGACGAAGUCCGGACGAUUCUGCUGCAGUGAUGGCUGACCACCCACGCCUCCCCCUCCCCCCGGCAAGCAGUCGCGACGACCCCCUCCCCCCGUGCGCUCGCGCCGCGGCCACAUCGCCCAGCGGCGCCCUCUAUAUCGCCCAGCGGCGCCCUCUAUAUCGCCCAGCGGCAACGGAACGUACCGCGCGUCCACGAGUCAUGUUCCCUGUCAGUCGGCGGGAGCAAGGGGAGCGGUCAAGGACAGUAUGUGACCUUCGGCGACCUUUCUGUUCUCCGGUCAGGCGAACACUGUAAUGGAAAGGCAGGGAUAUCGAUGUCAUCAUCGUGGGCGGCUGUGAACUCAGCGAGAACUCUGUGGGUCGUGACUGUCGCUGCGCGCGCGCGCAACCUUAGAAUCGUACGUAGUCGCAGCAUUGUUGCUUUUUAUAUGCCUCCGACUGUCGUGGCGGGACCCUGUCAAGUUCAACGCGACGUAUAGCGGCGAUAGCAGCGUUAUAUAGACAUGGGCACGGGUGAGGAGACGACAUGGGUCUGGUGAGAGAGAGCGAUAGGGAGGGAGAGAGAGAGAGAGAGAGAGAGAGAGAGAGAGAGAG